AUGUCUUUGCGUUCGACCACUUUUAAGGUCGGUACUUUGUCGCUGCUUCUCAUAGUCGCAAUCCAAAGCUCCACUCGACGACUGGAAAAACAAACUAAAAAUAUUCAGCAAGGUCCUUGUGACGAUGUACGUCAUACUUCGGGUCGCCGUUUGACGACGGCGACUGAAGAGGAAGCUCUCCGGCUCGCCAACUAUCUCCCGAAUUUUCAUUUUUCAGAACACGUGCAAGUGUUGGGACCAACGGUUUUCCCCAAGCCCAGCGACGUUGCCGAACAAGCAAGCGAUGAUGUUAUUGUCCCGGCGCUCCAGCCCGUCAUCGGACAGCAUCGACCGGAUCAAGACGCUGUCUUCGCCUUUGCGGCGGAAUAUCCGAUAAAGAAUUACGUGCUGUUUGUACAGUCGCUCCGCAAAACAGGAUUUACGGGAGACAUUGUUUUGUCCGUGCACGAGAUUGACUUACGAAAUGCCGAGAUUCGAGCUUUUCUGUCCUCCGAUCCGGGCGUUGUCGUUUACGCUCCAAGUACCGUUUGCUACAACGCCGAAUUGGAAACUGUUGAAUCUGUAAAGGGAGGUAUGCGCACAUGCCAAACACAUAAACUGUGGGGGAAACGCCAUACGGAUGGCACCGUCACGCCAUUGCCUGAUCCGCGUUCGCAACGUACGGUUGCUAAUACGAGAUACGAAAUAUACUGGAUCAUGGCAUUGCAAUACGCUCCGCAGAGCUGGAUUUUGAUAGUCGACGCCCGGGACACGGUUUUUCAAUCGAAUCCGUUUGCUGACGUUCCUCGCCAAACUGAUCCUACCGCCAAAUCUGGAGUUUUGUACUUUUUUGGAGAAAACAUGGAUGCCACCCGUUUGGGCAAAUCCAAACAAAAUUCCAAGUGGCUACAGAACGCCUAUGGUGAUGUAAUAGGAGAGCACUUGAAAGACAAACCGACAAUAUGUUCGGGCGCUUCCAUGGGUGAACAAAUAGCAUUGGAAGCCUACAUUCGUGCCAUGGUGGCUGAGGGAGACGAAACUGGAACUGUCCUGAUGGGUUCCGACCAAGGCUUUCACAAUCGCCUAUUCUACAGUCAUAAGCUGGCUAACGCUAGACAUAUCCACGACAUUGUGGUCUUUGAUCAAGGCACGGGAAUCGUAAACAAUAUGGGAGCUUUGCGGACAAAAUCGCUGACAGAGUGGGGGAAUGGUAAAAUCUUGAAAGAGGGCGCAAAAGGGGAAUAUUCAGUUCUCAAUUGGGACGGAACAAAGAGGUAG